AUGCAGGACGGGCUUAACAAGCUGUUGUCCUUGCUUGGCCCUGAGGGCGUACAAAACCUUGUAGCGCAAGGCUCUAAUGCGAUCAAUGCACGUCUAGAGGCGUUUCCAAGUUAUGAAAAUGCGCUGCUAGAGCACCUGCAGCAGAGGAUGUCUGCAUCGUUUGCAUCUAUGACGCCACCGUCAGUGACGGAUGACUUCCCCCGACCUAAGCCACUCAUGGUAGGCGUUGAAGCCAUUGAGGGGGAGGAUGGAGAGAAUCUCCUGCAAUGGGUGGUAGAGGUCGAGAUGACCAUAGUAUCUGCCAUGCUACAGACCGAGCAACAGCGCGUGGCGCUAGCCAUUUUAAAGCUCGGUGGUCAAGCGCGAGAAUGGGCAGUGACGUGUGGGGUACUUCGGAAAUUGCAGCUCUCACGAGUGUUCUCGCCGCCUAAUCAGGCGUAUCGCGUGCGAUCACAUUUCCUUGCCGCCCGACAGGGCAACAAGGAAUUGGUGGACUUUGUCUAA